AGCCUAGUAGGAUGUGUUCAUUGAAGAUGGUGGCGGUGUGUCAGACUCACUGUCCGGCACAUUUGUAAGAAUUUAUUUAUAUCUGUACACAUUUCCAACAUCGGCUACAUCUGACUUUAGCCUAUUCAGUGAUAGCUUCUAGAGUGACCUGGUCCUCGGACCUGUUAACUCUGCAGCCAUGCAGCCCCCUCCUCGGACUGGAACUCCUGGAGCCUCUGGCCCUCCUCCCUCUGGGCCUAAUAUGUUCCGCAGGACCAGGCCUCACAAGCAUACAGCAGCAGCCACAGCCUCAAUGCCACCUGCUACCCAACCCAUGACAGACCCUUUUGCUUUUGUCAGAGCUCCUCCCCCUAUGGCUGCAGGUGGACCCCCAACAAUACCCAACAGCAACCCUCCACCAAUGCAAGCCCCACCGAACACCAUGUACUCUCAGGCUGGCUCAGGUCUGCCUCCACAACCACACACACUAGAGGAUGUCCCUGCUGCUCCACUUGGUCUCCCACAACCCUCUCUGCCAGGGGUGACCUUGUUCAACCCUCACAGUGCAGGAUCACCUGGUGUCUACCCAGCACCAAGUCCCACAGGAUACGCAUCCUCACAUACUGAGCAGGGCUAUUUUAAUUCAAGAGAACAGAUGCCACCCAUGGUCACCGAGCCGCAACCCGUGGCUUCACCCCCAGCUCCUAGUCAGACACCUUUUAACCAGGAAUUUCAAGGACAGCCUCCUCCUCAGCCUGUGCCCUUCCAGCCAGUGCCUCCCACCACCUCCUCUUCUCAAUGGGCCCCUGAUCACGGAAGUCGGCCUCCUUCAGUUCAAAACUAUUUCCAGCCCACUAGUGAUCCUCCAUCACAGCCUUUUAAUAUACCACCGCAGACCCCGGUGUACCCCUCUCACACCCCAUCACCCCAUCACAACACCCCUACCCCCCCGACACAACUUGGACAUUCCCAGAUCCAGGCUCCUCUUCCUCUCCAGAACCCUUUAAAUGCCCCUGGCUCUCAAUGGCCUGACCCAAAUGCACCUCAGCUGCAUAACUCUCACUUCCAAACUCAGAGCUACUUCAGUCAGAGCUCUGCACCCCAGGACUCAUGGUUCAACCAACCUCCACAGGACUCGGGUUACCACCAAAUGGGAACUGGCCUGGGCCAUCCUCAGCCCCAGCCCCAGCCCCAGCCUCAGCCCCAGCCCCAGCCCCAGCAUGACGCUCCUGGAUCUCAACAUGCAUCCAACACCGGGUCUGGGCCUAGUCCUGCCCCUGCCCCACUACCAUACUCUCAGGAGUCUGGUACACUCUCAAUGUUCUUCAAAGACAAUGAUGUUGAAAACGAGGAAACACUGGCUGGAGACAGAAAUAAGGCAGUGAAUGGUAUCCCUGAAUCCUUUCAGCAUCACAGUAACCCACAAGCUGCUGCACCAGCCUACACUGGCCAUGCAGAUGUUCCUUUGGAUUACCAAGGAGCUCCUCUGCAAGAUCAUUCACACCUACCAUACAUGAAUGAUGGUAAUCAUGCACCACAAGGAAAUAGCCAGAAGCCCCCUGAUGCCCAGUACGACCAUGUGGAGAAUUUGGAGUGUGUCCCAAACCUGGAAGUAUUACCCAGUGAAACCCAUGGCAGCCCUGCUUCUACUGCAGCCCAUGGAGUAGACGUGUUUGAAACCGGCCCUAACCUGGAGACUCCAGAUUCUAUUCCACGACCAAUGAGAUCUGCCAGUGUGUCAUCCAACUAUAGCAACAUGAGCCAUGGGAGUGGAACUGGAACUGGCACUCGUCGACCCCAGGGAGUAGUAGGUACCUUUAUUCAGCAGGAAAGCCCUCGUCUCACUGAUGAUGCUAACCUGUCUGCUGCCACCGGAGGCUAUUUUGAGCAGAUUGACACUUCUCCAGCUGGAGAUAUGGGUGCACAACAGAGCUCUCUGGAGCAGAUGUGGCCUCAUACACCUAGCCCCCCUAAACCAACUGGUAUCUUUCAGGCCAGUGCUAACAGCUCUUUUGAACCUGUGCGCUCACAUGGGGUUGGGGUGCGUCCUGCUGAAGUUGAUAGGGCCAAAAUGGUAGUGGAAGGUGGUGCAGAUUCUGCACCCGGCAACCUGGAGCAGCCACCAGAUAAUAUGGAAAAUAUCUAUGGGCCAGGGCACCCCUUGCCUGCUGGGGCUGCAGGUGGUGUACCUCAUCCGACACAUCCAGUGGUUCAUUCUCACUCCCGACCUUCAUCCCGUGCUUAUGGGGCCAGUCGGCCCUGUGAGAGCCCUGCCACGACUCUGUGGGCUCAGAAUGAUCCUGCUAGCUUGAGUGCUAACAUCCUCCUAGCUCCAGCUGCUCCGACAGUUCUUGCCCCUUUACGAGAGCCCAGUGCUGAUGUCAUCCAACCUCCAGAGGAUGGUCCAUUGGACCUCCAGCCUUCACAGAGAAUCCAGCAAACUUCACAGCAACAUUCAGAGAACCUAGAGAACCCACCAAAGGUGAGUGAGGCUGAGCCAGCUGACUCCCAAGGCAACCUGGGCUAUGCGUCUCUUCUUGUGUCCGACUCGCUCCAUCAACCUGUUUUGAUUGCCCCGCCGGUGUCCAAUUACAAUGUGAUUCCCCCCAGUACCCUUCCUCAAGCAGCCAGUCAAAGUAGCCUUAGGGAAACUACCCCACCUGUGAGAUCACUCGCACAGGGGCAAGGUGCCAGUCCCUCUCAACCACCUUUAGUAACCCCUAAUCAGAAUCCACUGUUUGCUCCUGGACCAAUGAGCUUCAGUCCUUCAGCCUCUAACCAGGCGCCACUCAAUCUUACUCGAGACAACACAGAAGUGGCAUCGUCAGAAAUCACAGCUCCGCCGCAAUCUCAGCCAGUCCGCCCUCCUCUUUCAAGGGGCCAAUCAUUGGCUGGAGACAGCCACUCUGCUCUUCAAGUUAAUCCGCAAGCUUCUCUCAUGGCUGCUACUGUCUCUAAUCAUAAUCAACCAUCGAAUUAUGAACUGCUUGAUUUUUCUAUGCACCAAUCACAAACUCAAAACCAAGCAUCUGGUCAUCCUUCCUCUUUACAUGAGUCUUCACAAUCUAGUAAUGGAUUUUACUUACAGGUCACCAAAGAUGCACAGCAGGGGUUAAGAGUGGAAGGGAAUGCCCCUGUCCAGACCCCAGCCUCUUUAUCUACCCCACAGGUACAGCCAGCACCCUCCCAAGCAGCUGCAGUUACACAGCAGCCACCAACUGAACCUCCUAAGACAUCAGACUCUCAGGCUGCACUGCAGGGACAAAAUGAUGCUCCUCCUGUUCCAGUGAGUGGAGCACAACCUCCCCCUGGCCAGUAUCCAUCUCCAGCACAGGGUCCGCCUGCUGCAGGGAGCGUUCCUCCUUCUGCCGCUGCAGGGUCUCGGGGGCCAGUUCCUCCAGGGGCCUCACAGCCAGCUUCUGGAGAGCCACCUCGACCACCCUCCUCUGCGGGCAGCCAUCAGGGCUAUGGGCCCCCCCCUGCAGUGCCAGGGCAGAUGUAUGGAGGCUAUUAUGGUAACUAUGGAGAAUACCCAGAUAGCAGAGCACCUUAUCCUCCUGGCCAGUAUCCACCUCCACCUGGGGAUCCUAGAGCACAGCAAUAUUAUCACGAUGGUCAGUACAGGAACAGAGGAGAUCCUUGGUAUGGCAGAUAUGAAGGGGGGAACCCAGCCUACCGUGAUCCAAACUACCAGUACAGAGAGCCUCAACCAGAACGACCCAGCUCCAGGACCAGUCAGUACUCUGACAGGCCUUCAUCCAGGCAAGGCUAUCCUGAGAAUUACCACAGAGCAAACCGAAGUGCCUAUAGUGAUUAUUAUGCAGAAUACCCCAAGAACUAUAAUUAUCCAGGAUACAACUAUGGACAGUAUGACCCUCGAUACGGAGCAUACUAUGAUCAGGCCUACUGGGCUAAUUAUGAUGACAGAUACAGAGGCAGAGACUACUAUAAUCAACAAGUGUAUCCUGCCAGGAAAGAUGGCUAUGACAACCGGUGGACGUACUAUCCUGGUUAUGAUGCCAGUUUUGAUGAAGAUAACCGUCCAUAUGUAGAACCGUACGGAGAUGAGUUUGACCGACGCAGCAUCCACAGCGAGCAGUCGGCGCACAGCGUGCACAGCUCCCGUAGCCACCACAGCAGACGAAGCAGCUUCAGCUCAAGGUCACAACAGAGUCAGGUGUACAGGAGCCAGCCCGACUUAGUGUCAGCAGUCUACGACACCACAUCAUCCACUUUGGCUGUGGACUACUCCUAUGGACAAUUCCCGAAUCAGACUGACGCUACUCAGAACUACAGUCAGUACAUGUAUCCCUCUGAGUACCCUGCGGACAACACCUGGACCGCCCCUGAGCAACCCCCCCCUCGUCCUGCAACCCCAGAGAAGUUCACCAUACCCCAUCGUUGUGCCCGCUUUGGACCUGGUGGUCAUCUGGUCCAAGUUCUGCCCAAUCUCCCCUCAGCUGGGCAGCCUGCUCUUGUUGAUAUUCACAACUUGGAGACUAUGCUGCAGGAUACCCCGGAUCAGGCAGAACUGCGAGGCUUCCCUGGACCUCUUGUUAAAGAGGAGACCCAUAAGGUGGACGUGAUAAAGUUCUCCCAGAACAAAGCACUGGAAUGUUCCCGUGACAACAACCUCUUGGAUAGAGACUCUGCCCGCCUACUUUGGGACUUCAUUAUGCUGCUCUGUAGACAGAACGGGACUGUGGUCGGCACGGACAUCGCUGACCUCCUGCUGAAGGAGCAUCGCUCUGUCUGGCUGCCGGGCAAGAGCCCUAAUGAAGCCAACUUGAUUGAUUUCAACAAUGAACCGCUGGCACGAGCUGAGGAGGAGCCGGGAGCCGGACCACUGUCCCUCCUAUCUGACACCUUCAUGACCGUACCGGAGAACAUCGGCAAGGAAACGGAACGCUUCAGGGAGCUGCUGCUGUUUGGCCGCAAGAAGGAUGCACUAGAAGCAGCCAUGAAGGGAGGUCUCUGGGGUCACGCCCUGCUGUUGGCCAGUAAGAUGGACAACAGGACACAUGCACGUGUCAUGACAAGGUUUGCCAACAGUUUGCCUAUCAAUGACCCUCUUCAGACAGUGUACCAGCUGAUGUCAGGGAGGAUGCCUGCAUCAGCCACUUGCUGCGGAGAGGAGAAAUGGGGUGACUGGCGCCCUCACCUGGCCAUGGUGCUGUCGAACCUCACGCACACCCUGGAUCUGGAUACGCGCACAAUCACCACCAUGGGUGACACUCUCGCUUCCAAGGGGCUGAUUGAUGCUGCACACUUCUGCUACUUGAUGGCUCAAGUUGAUCUGGGAGUUUUCACAAAGAAGAGCACCAAGAUGGUUCUGAUUGGCUCCAACCACAGUUUGCCCUUUUUCAAAUUUGCAACCAAUGAAGCAAUUCAGAGGACUGAGGCCUAUGAGUAUGCUCAGUCUCUGGGUUCCCAGCCCUUCACACUGCCUAAUUUCCAGGUGUUCAAGUUGAUCUAUGCAUGCCGCUUGGCCGAAGCGGGCCUGAGUGCUCAGGCCUUCCACUACUGUGAAGUUAUCUCUAGGACUGUCCUCGUGCAGCCGUCCUACUACUCUCCUGUUUUUAUUAGCCAAAUCAUACAGAUGUCUGAAAAGCUGCGGUUCUUCGACCCACAACUGAAGGAGAAGCCAGAGCAGGAGUUGUUCAAUGAGCCUGAAUGGCUGAUCCACCUCCGACAGCUGGAAGGACAGAUCAGGACGGGGGCGAUUACUUACAAUGCAGACAGAACAACUCCUACACAGUACAGCUGCAGCAGCCCCAGCUCUGACUUGGACCAGCCCACUCCACCUGAACCUUACAGCAUGCCGCUGGAGUUAGACGGCCCCACCCCUGACAACCCACUAAUGAGUUCAUUACUACCAGGGCCUCCACCACAAGGAGUACAGCUGAUGCCUCCAGCUCCCACCUCCAUCCUCCAAGAAGGGAUGGCCCCAGAUAUGCCCCAGUUCUACCCAGUACCCCCCAGUGGACCACCAGGCCAGAUCCCAAUCUCAGGCUACCCUCCGCAGGAUCCCGGCUUUGCCCCGCCUCCCUUCCAGCCUCAACACGAGCAGCCUGACAUGUAUCCAGGAGCUCAUCAGCAGACGUGUCCCCCACCUCCUCAAGUGGGCCAAAUGUCACCACAUAUGCCCCCACAGGUGCAGCAUUCACCUGUACAGAUGAACCACCCGCCACCCCAGAUGCCUCAACACAUGCCUCCUUCUCCUGGGCAUAUGCCGCAUUUAGAGCAGCCGCCCUACGCGCCACCGGAGAUGCAAAUGACACAACAAAUGCCACCUUCUCCACACAGAAGCUCCCUCACACCUCAGAAGGACUUUUAUGACCACAUGGCUCAAAUGGGUCCUGGGAGGCGAUCAAGGUCGACUUCACAGUCUUCAAUGCAUAUGGCUUCAGGACGCCGCUCUCGCACCACCUCUGAGUCCUCCACUCACUCUGGGGGAAGAGAGCGGAGCAAUUCAGCUGUCAAGCAGGCCUCUCCACCUCCACCUUCUAUUCCCGAGCAGCCCAGCAAAGAAGAGGCCAAGAAGGCCAAGAAAGACUCCCCGAAAAAGAGCGGCGGCGGUGGUGUUGGCUGGCUGAGCUGGCUUUAUAGGAAGGGGAAGAAUGAAGCUCACCUGCCAGAUGACAAAAACAAAUCUAUUGUGUGGGAUGAGCAGAAGCAGAAAUGGGUCGACUUGAACGAGCCCGAGGAGGAGAGUAAACCCCCUCCUCCACCUCCCUCUGGGUUCCCCAAAAUGGCUCCAAUGCCUGGGCCUGGAGGGCCCGCUGCACCCCCGGGUGGUGGUCCUCCUGUCAACAUGUUCUCCAGGAAGGCUGGCGCAAGGAGUAGAUAUGUGGAUGUUCUGAACCCCAGUAGAACGGCUAAACCAGGUGGAUUAGCUCCUGCCCCUCCUCCUGCAGACAUCUUUGCUCCUCUGGCACCGAUGCCCAUGCCCGCUAACCUAUUUGUGCCUAGUUCAGCUCCUGACGAUCAACAACCUCUGGAGGGCAGUGAGGGAGGCAAUCAGGAGCAGAAUUCACCAAACACCAGCGCUGCUCCACAGAUGUUCAACCCGACGUUGUUACCACCUGCCCCAGAGGGUCCUCCCAUGCCUGAUGGGUUACAGUCCGGGGAGCUCUCACGUUCUAGCUCAAUGAGUUCUUUAUCACGCGAAGUGAGUCAGCAUUUAAACCAGAGUCAUCCUGCCCAGGGACCCGCACCCACUGGAGGCGUCACCUUUUAUAACCCUGCACAGUUUGCACAGACAAGUGCACCAUCAGGAGGAGGACUCCGCUCUGGCCGUCUGGGCGGUCAGCGCCAGUACCCAGUGUUGAAGUAAACAUCAUCCCAGAGUGAGAUUGUAAACAGACUUGUUGGAUAGAGUGAUAUCCUACCUGGAAGUACAUGAAGCACAUGGACAUACUGCUCUCUGUCUUAAGGACCCUUCUUUUUUUUUUUUUUUUUUUUUGCCUGCACCUAAGAAGAGCAUAAUCACAGUCUCCAUCAUGUUGGUCUUUGUCAAACAGCUUAACCACUCUUUCAUCUUUUUCUUUAGUUCAGUAAUUCUCACUGGUGUAUUUUUUUUUUUUAACAGGCAUGGUGUUUUCCUUGAAGGGCUUUUUCCUGCAUUCAAACAGAAAACAGACAGAUGUAUAAAGGGUUUUAACACACACGUAACGCUUAUCCAUUGAUGCAUUCAUACACAAACUGUAUUUUCAUGUCGGCAUAAUUUAGUGUAAAAUAAAUAUGUUGCUCCUCUAAGCUGUUCAGCUUCCCCUCAAACGCAACACUGUUAACUGUUAACACAAUCAGCAUUUAGUUUUCCCUUUUGUGUCCAAAUGUCCAUGUUUGAUUGAUUGUUUGUGUGUGUGUGUGUGUGUGUGUGUGUGUGUGUAUGGGUGAUGGAUAGAAAGAAAGUAGCACCUUUUUAAUUUCAUAUUGUGGACUUGUAUGUGCAUUUGCAGUUCUUCAGUGUUCUUCUGUCAACUGGAGAUGGCAAUUUCGUGUGAGAAUGAAUUGUGUUAAUAGUGCAUUGUCUGCUGUGUUGUUCGCUUUUCCCUCAGUCGCCCUCCAGUAAAGGCAGGAUGUUUUGAUGACACGGGGGGAGAGACUCAUACUCGACUUCGCAACCCGAGAGUUGGAGAAAGUCUGCAGUGUUAGGAUGCUGCUUGUUUCAGAUAUUUAUUUACAUGUCCUCCUGCCCGUCAGCAACUCUUCACUUUAAAGAUGUGUCGGGGUCUUUCGUCCAAGUUAGGCUCAAGUUUCUCUCCUGAGAGAUUUGACGAUAUCGCCGAAACAAAGGGUGACUUCAGAACAGCAGGAAUCGGGAUUAAAACCGCAUUUUAAAUGUUGCUAAAAAAAAAAUAAAUCUAUCCAAAUAUUUGUAUAUCAGAUUGAUUGUAUUUAUGAGCUGUAGGCAUACAAGUGUGUGUGUGUGUGUGUGUGUGUGUGUGUGUGGAGAGCAACUAAUUUUUUCUGAUUAGCUUUGAUGAAAUGCAUUUAUGAUUCACUAAAGAUGACAUGGAUUCAUAUUCUGAUCAUUUAUAUUGGCCGCUUCUGCAGACAAAUAAAUCUUUAUCUAAAUUGUGAAAUGAGAGCUAAUUGUACUUCCUUGUCAUUUGAAUUUACUGAUACGAUUUUUAUUUCACAUCACUUGUCAUCCCAACAUCCCUUGCUUCUAAAAUGUUUCAGAUUCGGUGAUUUUGUAGAUAUCAGUUUAUGAUUUAAAAGAUCAUCUUUUGUUCAAGAAAAAGCUAUUGUUUUGCCCGAUGUUUUAGAAUUCCUCAUGUAAAAUUCUUGACAUAAAGCAGUGAACACAACAGGUAAAUACUAAUGGAAAUAAAGGUAUUUUUGAGCCCUGUAGCACUUUGAAAGAGACGUCUAUUGGUUUCAUUCAUUACAGGAUUUUGUCUUUUAAAAUAAAGUCACUAUCGUUAAAUGUUAGAAAUGUGUUAAAUCUCAAAUAGAUAACUUUUUGGCAGGAAUCUACCGGAGGAAAGUAUUUUUGUCAGUUGAAGGAGUCACAACAAAACCUGUAAAGUUGCCACGUUUUCCUACACACAUUAAUGCAGAUGUGACACAAAACAG